AUGGUACUCAUGUCAACGUACCGCAACAGCAGGCUCGUGUCGAAGGAGUUCCUGCACGGCCCCGUCAUGCGCUUCCGUGCGCUGGGCGAGUACUACUUCCAGCGGGCGUGGAAUGGCACAUUGAAUUGGGCCCUCCCUGGCGAGUACCGCCUCUACGCGGUGAUGAUUCCUUUCAUUUACUUCUACCAUCGCUGGCACACGGAGCACACGCUCGACGCUGACCACGUCGAGAAGGCCCUCAUCAUGCGUUGGGGUGGGACGCUGGAGGAGGCGCGGAAGCUGUCGGCGAAGGACCAACUGCGGGUGCGCUGCUUCACGGAUAUAGAGAAGCUCUACUCGGCGUACGGCCCGAAGGAUGUGAAUGUGCAGCCAGCGGGUGAUAUGCUGCCAGGGAAGGAUUUCUAUCACAAGCCCGGUCAGGAGCACCAUUCUCACUGA